AUGCCUAGGGAUUACAGACGACGACAUUCUAAUGGCGAAUCAUUCUCAGAAUCCGAAUCAUUUGCCGAAUCGAUAGACCAUGAUGACAGCAUCAUCCUUUCCGGACUUGUACGAACGGGGGAAGCGUCUCGUUUGCGACGUCGGGGAGCGAUGCGGCUGGACCAUGCACCUCACCUACACCGGCCUGCAAGUCCUCCAGUGAUCGUGGUAGAUACCAGCCCUGUGCUUGGUUCAUUUCCAGAUCACGACCGUGAGCCACUCGGAGCAGGCGCAGUACACAGGAGACGGCCUCCCCGAGAGAGGCCAUCAUCGAGGACUAGCACGGACAUGUACCGGUACUCAGUAUUCUGUGGGGGAUUCGACGAUGCGUCAAUAGAGGAUGUUACCCCUUUCAAGGUCACCGCGUUACCGGUCUCUUCGUCAGAUCGAGCUGGCAAGAGACAGUCGAGACGAUUGAACGGCUGUGGGGCGCUUCUCCACGUACAUGGCAGUCCAAAGCCCGAGCUCGGAGUUUGGCAGGCAAAGGGUGCAGCCACCGACGCUGUUGUGGUAGUUGUGGUUGCAUCCGUGAAGGGGUUGGAUGUGCUGCCUGAAGGUCCGAGAAUUUGGCGCUCAUCGACUCAUUUAUCGUACAUCUACACCUUUUUCUCCGAUGCCGUCUCAUCCUUCCCUGAAUACACAUUCCCCCAGCGUUCCAAACUACGGUCCUCGUCGCCACACGUUGACGUGGGAUCCACCGCCACGCUUACCCCAAACGACAACGAGGGCGCUACGAUAUUCGAUAGAUUCCUCACCGCAUCACCUCAAUCGUACUCGGAUCUUGAGGACCUACCUCGAGAAGAGCGGGAAACUAGAGAUGAGUUCUGGCGUGAUACGAUUGGUGGAUAUCGGUUAGUCGACGAUGAUGUCAAUUCCGACGGACUUUCUCCGUCAAUACAAUCCCGCCAGACCACAAUACUCCCCGGAAUGUACAUGGCACCUGCAAAUUUCGACCCAGAUGGCGAAUUUCUUUCCGUGGAUCGCUUGUCAGAUCCUGGAUCGCCUGACAAGGUCUUCGAGCCUGCACUACUGCCCUAG